GGCAAGCGCAGCGCCGAGCGGGGCCCGAGGGCCCAUGAGGAGGCCCGGGGACCAUGGGCUCCAGGAUCAAGCAAAACCCAGAGACUACGUUUGAAGUGUUUGUGGAAGUGGCCUAUCCCAGGACAGGCAGCACUCUUUCAGAUCCUGAGGUGCAGAGGCAAUUCCCGGAGGACUACAGUGACCAGGAAGUUCUACAGACUUUGACCAAGUUUUGUUUCCCCUUCUAUGUGGACAGCCUCACCGUGAGCCAAGUUGGCCAGAACUUCACAUUCGUGCUCACUGACAUUGACAGCAAGCAGAGAUUUGGGUUCUGCCGCUUAUCUUCAGGAGCCAAGAGCUGCUUCUGUAUCUUAAGCUACCUCCCGUGGUUCGAGGUGUUUUAUAAGCUCCUGAACAUCUUGGCAGAUUACACAGCAAAAAGACAGGAAAGUCAGUGGAAUGAACUUCUUGAAACUCUGCACAGACUUCCCAUCCCUGACCCUGGAGUGUCUGUCCAUCUCAGUGUGCAUUCUUACUUUACUGUGCCUGACUCCAGAGAGCUUCCCAGCAUCCCUGAGAAUAGAAAUCUGACAGAAUAUUUUGUGGCUGUGGAUGUAAACAACAUGUUGCAUCUGUACGCCAGCAUGCUGUAUGAGCGCCGCAUCCUCAUCAUCUGCAGCAAGCUCAGCACGUUGACUGCCUGCAUCCAUGGCUCAGCCGCAAUGCUCUACCCCAUGUACUGGCAGCACGUGUAUAUCCCCGUGCUGCCACCACACCUGCUGGACUACUGCUGUGCUCCUAUGCCCUACCUCAUAGGAAUCCAUUUAAGUCUAAUGGAGAAAGUCAGAAACAUGGCCCUGGAUGAUGUUGUGAUCCUGAAUGUGGACACCAACACACUGGAAACCCCCUUCGAUGACCUCCAGAGCCUCCCAAAUGAUGUAAUCUCCUCCCUGAAGAACAGGCUGAAAAAGGUUUCCACAACCACAGGAGACGGGGUGGCCAGAGCCUUCCUCAAGGCCCAGGCUGCUUUCUUCGGCAGCUACCGGAAUGCACUGAAAAUUGAGCCGGAGGAGCCCAUCACCUUCUGUGAGGAAGCCUUUGUGUCCCACUACCGCUCCGGAGCCAUGAGGCAGUUUCUGCAGAAUGCCAUACAGCUGCAGCUCUUCAAACAGUUCAUUGACGGCCGACUAGACCUUCUCAAUUCGGGCGAAGGCUUCAGUGAUGUCUUUGAGGAGGAGAUCAACAUGGGAGAAUAUGCCGGCAGCGAUAGACUGUACCAUCAGUGGCUCUCCACAGUUCGGAAAGGAAGUGGAGCAAUUCUCAAUACUGUAAAAACAAAAGCUAACCCAGCCAUGAAGACGGUCUACAAGUUUGCAAAAGAUCAUGCAAAAAUGGGAAUAAAAGAGGUGAAAAACCGCUUGAAGCAAAAGGACAUCUCCGAGAAUGGCUGUGCCCCCUCUGCAGAAGAGCCCCUGCCAAAGGCUGUGCCAUCCCCAGUGGUGGAGGCCAAGGACCCCAGACUGCGAGAAGACCGGAGGCCCAUCACGGUCCACUUUGGGCAGCUACAAAGACUCCAUCCCACUCGGCUGCCGCCUCCCAAGAUCCAGCGCUCGAGGCCCGUGCGCCCACCCCGUCCACAUGUUGUCAAGAGACCAAAGAGCAACAUCACCAUGGAAGGCCGGAGGACAUCCAUCUCGAGCCCUGAACACCUGGUAAAGCCCUUGCGACACUAUGCUGUCUUCCUCUCUGAAGACUCCUCUGACGAGGAAUGCCGGCGGGAAGAGGCCCCAUGCACCGGCUUCACCGAAAGCUUUUUCUUCUCUGCUCCCUUUGAAUGGCCACAGCCGUACCGGACACUCAAGGAGUCCGACAGUGCAGAAGGUGAUGAGGCAGAGAGCCUGGAGCAGCUGGCACAGGAGCCCCGGGGCCCUGUCCCUGCCCCACCUGACCGAGCUGCCAGCAUCGACCUCUUGGAAGAUGUCUUCAGCAGUCUGGAUGUGGAGACCCCCCUGCAGCCACUGGGCCAAGCCAAGAGCUUGGAGGACCUCCGUGGUGCUAAGGACCUUUGGGAGCAACCAGGAACUUUUGACUACCAGAGGCUGGACCUGGGCAGGAGUGAGAGGGGCCUUGGUAUGGCAAUGGCUUUAAAGCUUGCCCACCCAUACACCAAGCUCUGGAGCCUGGGCCAGGACGACAUGGCCAUCCCCAGCAAGCCCCCUACCAUGUCCUCUGAGAAACCCUCAGCCCUAUUUGAGACCUCCCCAGCCCUGCCGCACAGGCCCCAGAACGGGGAUGGUGUCUUGAGCCCCAGCAGCAAAGAAGAGAUGUCUGCCCCCACUCCAGGCAGCAUCACUAUUCCCCGGCCGCAUGGCAGGAAGACCCCAGAGCUGGGCAUCGUGCCUCCACCACCCACAGCCCGCCCAGCCAAGCUCCAGGCCACUGGUGGCGCACUUGGUGACUUCUCAGAGCAGCUACAGAUGGACCAGGAAAGGCAGACUGCCCUGAGUCCUGCCCUGUUCCCAGGGCUGCUCCCCAGUGCUGCCCCCCAAGACCCCACUGAACUGCUGCAGCCACUAAGCCCAGCCUCAGGCACUGCAGACACAGGCAGUGACACCUUGCUCGCCCUGCUGGACCCCCUUAACACAGCCUGGUCAGGCAGCACCAUCCCCCCACACCCCACCACCCCAAGCAUAGCUACCCCCUUCACCCCCCAGCUCAGCUUUCCCCCUACAGCAGCCCCAACCCCAUUCCCACAGCCACCACUCAACCCCUUUCUCCCAUCUGUGCCAGUUGCACCACCCUCCCUACCUCUGGGCUCUACACCAACCAGGCCUUUUGGGGCCCCUCCAGCUUCCCUGGGGCCAUCAUUCACCCCCAGCCUCCUGCUGUCUGGUUCUGGCUUCUACACCCCUCACAGAUCUCAGCCUAACCUGUCUGCACUCUCCAUGCCCAACCUGUUUGGUCAGGUGCCCAUGGGCACCCACACCAGCCCCCUGCAGGCGCUCGGCCCCCCAGUGGUUCCCGCCUCAAGGAUCCGAACGUUGCCCCUGGCCCGCUCAAGUGCCAGGGCUGCUGAGGCCAAGCAGGGACUGGCCCUGAGGCCUGGAGACCCCCCAGUGCUGCCUCCCAGACCCCCACAAGGCCUGGGGCCAGCCCUACAGCCUUUGGCUCCUGCACAGGCCAGAGACCCCUUUGAGGAUUUGCUGCAGAAAACCAAGCAAGACGUGAGCCCAGCACCAGCCGCAGCCUCAGUGGAGCAGCUCCGCAUGCAGUGGGAGACUUUCGAGUGAGCAUACUCCAAGGCUGGCCAGCCAGGCCCGUGCUGCCGUCCAGUGCUCUGCUUCCCCUCCGCUCUAUUUCUGUCCAGGUUCCACAGGUGGGAAAGGACCUUCUCUAUCCUCUCCCCUCCACACUGCCCACUUCUGAGGCCUGGCCCUGGAGAGAAG